CUUUUUGUUUUUUCCCCGGUUCACGGGAUACGGCCUCCUCGGCUUCUGCGAAAGACGAUCGUGGCGUAUUGAAAUGGCUGGCGAUCGAGUCGGUGGCAACUGUCUCCAUCUUUGCCGCGAUCCUCGGAUACGAUAUUGGCGUGAUGAGCGGCGCUCUUUUGGCCAUGAGCCGUGACCUCGACUUGUCCACGUGGCAGCAGGAGAUCGUCGUGGGAUGUCUCGACUUUGUGAGCGCUGCAGGUGCCAUCGGCGGGGGCGCAUUGUACGUCAAUCAUGGCAUGGUGCGCUGCGUUCGGCUCGCUAUUCUCUCGUACGCCGCCGGUAUGAUCAUCGUCGCUGCCUCCUUUUCGUACGUCCAGGUAUUCAUCGGCCGCAUCGUCGGUGGCAUCGGGGUUGGCCUCGGCUUUGCCAUAUGCCCCCAAUACAUCGCCGAAAUCUGCCCGCCUGCGUGGCGCGGCAUCAUGGUGUCAUGCUUCGAGAUCAGCAUGAAUCUCGGAUUGUGCAGUGGAUACGUUGCCAACCUCGCGCUCGAGACUCUUGCGGACUCGACCCGAUGGCGUCUCCUGAUGCUUAUCCCUCUUGUCCCGACCUGUUUCAUGUACUUCAUUAGCGUGCCUCGCCUGCCGGAGAGCCCGAGGUGGCUUAUGGCUGACGGGAGGGAGGCGGAGGCGAGCGACACGCUCGUCCGCUUGUGUGGUGAGGCGGCGGCCGGGCCAACCAUGCUCGAGAUAAAGGAAGUCAUCGCGCUUCAGGACAAUUAUGAUCAUGAGGGCCAGAGACACGGCGCGUCAUCGGGGUCGAGGUGGGCGGCGCUUUUUACGGGACCCGUGGCGCGUCGUGCGCUCGUCAUUGGCGCGGGCACCGCGAUAUUCCAACAGGCGAACGGAUUGGAGGCGGUGGUGUACUACGUACCUAAGGUUUUGGACGCAGCGGGCGUCACGAGCGAGCACGCGCAACUCAAAGCCGCCGCGCUCGUUGGCCUUUGCAAGACCUUAUUCAUUGGCAUCGGUCAGUUCAGCGUGGACAAGUUCGGUCGAAGGGUCGUCAUGCUCUCAAGCAUCUCGGCGGUGACUUGCUCGCUAUUGGUGCUGGCGUGGUGUAUCGGGAGCGGGAACGCUGAAGUGGGAGUGAUACUGACAGCAUUAUGCGCAUUCAUGGCAUCAUUCUCCCUGGGGGUGGGUCCAGGGACAUGGGUAAUAACCUCAGAGAUUUUUCCGCUGCCGAUUAGAUCGAAGGGGACGUCCUUCAGCAUGGCAGCCAAUCGAAUUACAAGCGGCACUGUCGCGAUGACUUUCCUGAGCCUCUCCGCAUGGCUGGGCGUCGGUGGGGCGUUCUUCCUCUUUGCGGGAGUCAGCGCCGUGCACUUUCUGUUCACGUUCUUCAUGCUUCCAGAGACGCGCGGAAAGUCGCUCGAGGAGAUUGAGGCAAUGCUCAGCCAAGGAAGCAGAUCGUACGAGCGCUUCUGAGUGACCUGUCCUCUCGACAAAUAUUAUUAAAAUCAUACCCCAUAUCCAAUACGUUUCGAAUUCGGUGCCCCUGAGGGCUGGACUCGAAUCCGGUGGAGGACUGCAGGAUCACCGCGAAGGGAGACGUAGACUCUUGAGUUGCAGUGAAGCACGAGAAUGGGCAUCGAACCUCGGAAGUCAAAGUGCAACGACUAAAGAGCUGGGCAAAUGAAGGAGCGAACGGAUAAAUCACUUGCGAUGAAGGGAACUAUGAGGACCCCAAUAGGGGAACGGGAAGUAUGAGGACUCCCAUAGGGGCAUUCUGAGCAAGGGAACUGUGAGGACCUCCACAGGGAAUUAGUCAGGACCUCCGUUUACUUUGAAUCAUGU